CGUAAAGAACAAAUCAAAGUUUUCCAUUCAUGCCAAGGAACAUAGAAAACAAAACCUCCAAACAGCCAAACCCGUACCUUUCUGAACCCUCACUCACUCUUCUGCUUCUUCAGAUCAUCGGAUAAGCUCCAAUAUUCUUUAAUUCCCACUCCACUUCUCUGGAAUGUGAUCUUUCCCCCUUCAAAUUCUGCUUCCUAUUUUGUCUCAAUUCCCACUCUCGGGUUUCGUUUCCCUUUCAAGAAACCGAAACCCUAGACGACUUUUCCGCCUCUGAAUUUGAGCAAUUGGAACCCCAAACUCUUUCCUAGGAUAGUAACAUUGGAGAUGAAAGCGCCAAAUGCUUUGUUUGGUGCAAAACGCAGAAAAUUUCAAGGGAUUUUCAAUGCUCUGUGUUCCAUGGUUGUGCUUUUCUUCUUUUACAACCGGGAAGACAUCAUCAGCAACCCGAUUCUCAGACAAUCCUCGUACUUCACGAAUCAUGGGUUGCCUCAAAAUGCGAUUUUGAGAGAUGGGUCUUCCUUGGUUCACCGUCGAAUGGUGGAAAUCAGCGCCAACACUUCAGGUGUAGCUGGUGAAAAUGAUUUAGGCGUAAGUAGUUCUGGAUUAUGUAGUGGGUUGGUUCAACAUGAUGGUUAUUCUAGUCCCUGUGAAUUCUUAAAGGUUAAUCCACAGUGUUCUUCUGAUGGGUAUCUCGAUUACUUGAAGUUUUUCUAUUGUACAUGUCUGGGUUUUAGUUUGUUUGGUUAUCUAGUGUUGGGUGUGUGGCUGGCUGCUUUGUUUUAUCUCUUGGGGAACACUGCUGCAGAUUAUUUUUGCCCUUCUCUUGAGCAUCUGUCAAGGCUCUUGAAAUUGCCUCCAACUGUGGCUGGGGUUGUGCUGCUUCCACUUGGGAAUGGAGCACCUGAUGUGUUUGCUAGCAUAGCUGCUUUUGUGGGUGCUGAAAGUGGUGAUGUAGGGCUUAACAGUGUGUUGGGUGGUGCUCUUUUUGUUACCACUAUUGUUGCUGGAACUGUUUCGCUGUGUGUUGCGGAUAAGGAGAUUGGAAUUGAUCGAAGAUGCUUUAUAAGGGACGUGAGUUUCUUUCUCAUCACUCUUGUUUCGCUGCUUUUGAUUUUGUUUGUUGGGAAGGUGGGUGUCGGGGCGGCCAUUGCCUUUGUGUCGAUUUAUAUUGUGUAUGCAUUCAUUGUUGCUGCCAACGAGAUAUUGCGGAAACAUGCACGGAGGUUGAAAUUGGAUGCUGUCACACCAAUGCUUCCUGUCCAGGGAAGUGUGUUCUCUCUAGGUUCGGAAGAGGAUACUUCGAUCUAUAGCUCUUUACUGGAAGACACUGAGAGCGACCCCCCUCGCCUCCCUCCGUCGUUGCCACAGUGGAUGUGGUCCUCAAAUGUGGCAAUAUAUUCAAACCAGGCAAAUAAGAUCAAUUUUUUGGAUGAUGAAAGGCCUCCCUGGGGAUGGAGUGAUGGCUCCACGGAAAACACCAGGACAUCGUUCACUGUAUCAAAACUUUUUCUGAUGAUGGAGAUUCCACUGGCAAUUCCUAGGCGGCUAACAAUUCCAAUGGUUCAUGAGGAAGUAUGGUCAAAGCCUUAUGCUGUGGCUAGUGCUUCAUUAGCUCCUAUUCUUCUAGCUAUUUUGUGUAGCACCCAAGAUAAUGUGAGUAAUCAGGGUGUUAUACUUUCUUAUUGUGUUGGUGUUACUCUUGGAUGCACCUUUGGUAUUCUUGCAUAUAAAUACACAGUGUCUGAUCAUCCGCCUCCCCAAUUCUUGCUUCCUUGGGUUCUGGGAGGAUUCCUCAUGAGUAUAGUGUGGUUCUACAUAAUAGCAAAUGAGCUUGUGGCUCUUUUGGUAGCGUUUGGUGUUAUUUUCGGAAUCAACCCAUCCAUCUUGGGGUUAACCGUAUUAGCAUGGGGAAAUUCAAUGGGAGAUUUGAUGUCAAAUAUUUCAUUGGCAUUGGAUGGAGAAGAUGGAGUUCAGAUUGCCUUAUCUGGAUGCUAUGCAGGUCCUAUGUUCAACACACUUAUUGGCUUGGGGAUCUCGUUACUGCUUGGGGCUUGGUCAAAGAAACCCUCUUUGUAUGUGGUGCCUGAAGACAGUAGCUUAUUUUACACCAUGGGAUUUCUGAUCACAGGACUGUUAUGGGCACUUGUUGUUUUACCUCGGAACAACAUGCAUCCUAACAGAAUAUUAGGAAUGGGUCUCAUUGCCCUUUAUUUGAUAUUUCUUUCUUUCAGGAUGUGCACUGCUAUGGGAUUUAUAACAAUUGCUGGUUUAAGUUUAAGUUGAGUUUGUUGCAAUAGAUCUAAAUCAAAAUGAGCAUGUUUUCUGCAUCUCUUUGCUCCAUCUGGUAUAAUUUUUGUCACGCAGAUAGCCUAUAUAUGGGACAAAAGAAACUCGGGAAAGAAAAAAUUGGUCUCCAUAUAGCCGGGAUAAAUUGCUGCUCCAGCUGAAAACGCCAUUGUUGUAUAUCCAAACAUCAUGUACUUGUCAAUCGAAUUGACAAUAGGUAGUCUCUUUACAUUUGUUGAAAAAUGAACACACCUAAGGAUUCCACUUACUGAACAUAAUUUAAUAUUGUGGUGACUUUCCUUUAGGGCAUUUGGUAUUUCAGCACUCUUACAAUCUGUUGUGUUUGUUCUAUUCUUGGUAUAUAUAAAAUAUUAGACGUACACAUUUA